AUGUCAAGGGGUCCUGGGACACUUUUGUCACAAUGUUAUAUAUAUGAAAUGGUAGCGCGAAAAAUUGUCUAUCGAAUGAUAUAUAGGGUGUCCAUAGUAUAUUGUACUUUACGCUCUACUCCGAUGGAAAAACAGUUUCAUGUAUUACUUCAAAAACCUAAUGAGAUUGGAGAACGUUUAUUAAAGUACAGUCAAUUAUUUUUACAAUCAGUUCUUCAUAUUGAUAUGGGUUCAACAGAUAAUGUACAAUUAUUAAAUGAAAUAGUGUAUUGUCUUUGUUUAUUUCAGUUUUAUUAUUUUUCACAAACAGCUAUCUAUUUACUAUGUGAAACAGUCAUCUAUUUUGAAUUAGAUUCAUCCCCAACAUGGUAUAUAAUAGAAGAUCAUUUAGUUUUAUUUCAGUAUAUGAAGACAAUUAAUAUAGAUGAAAUUUUUUGGUCAGAAUCAGACGAAAAAUAUUUAUCAGUGCAAUUCGUUAUGAAUUCUUUACAGACAAUUGACAAAGAGUUAUAAAAAAAAAGACGUUUGGCAGAACGCAAGAGACUUAUCCUGCUUUUUCAAGGACUGCUUUUUCUUACUCCCGACGACAGAUUCAGAGAAUUUUUUCAAUGUUCUACGAAAAAUAGUUUCUUCUUCGGAAGUCGUCUUUAUCCAUCUGCUCUUGCGUGACCUU